AUGACAUCGACUUCCAAUACUCCCUUUGCGACACCAGCGCCCUCGACCCCCAACUCCAGGCCCGGAACUCCUAAUCUAUCCACUCCGCCGACCAGUGCUGCUGCAGACAGCCAGCUGCAAGAUGACUCGUCCAAGCUCAAAAUUAUGUUGGGCCUGUUGAGAAAAUUUAUCGGCGUCGCAGAUAUCGCAAAUGUUCGCUUUUCUUUGCCCUCUCAAUUGAUAGAGCCCAUUCCGAACUUAGAAUACUGGCACUAUCUCGACCGUCCCGAGACCUUUGCAAGUAUUGGGACAUCAGAUAGCGACCUGGGGCGCAUGCUCGAAGUUCUCAGAUUCUGGUUCACAAAAGAUCUGAAAUACGUCAAAGGGAAACCUUGUAAACCAUACAACUCCACGCUUGGAGAGUUUUUUAGGUGUAACUGGGAAAUCAGUGAUGCCGCCCCAUCAAUAUCAAAACCAUCCAAAGCGCCGGCACAGCCACCAGCGGACCCUCUCGCUCCCACCGACAAGGAGAAGAACCCCAUCACAGUCUCCUUCCUGACGGAACAGACCUCUCAUCAUCCACCCGUCUCGGCAUACUUUUACGACUGUCCGGAGCGAGGCGUUUCAGCACGAGGUUAUGACCAAAUCACGGCCAAGUUUACGGGCACCUCUGUGCGCGUCAAUCCUGGCAACUACAAUCGUGGUAUCUUCAUCACCCUCAAAAACCGGGGUGACGAGGAGUAUCAACUCACGCAUCCCACGGCCGCACUAGGCGGCCUUCUUAGAGGAUCUCUGUACAUCUCCGUCGCCGACACAUGCACGAUCACCUGUCCACAAACGAAAUUAAAAUGCAUCUUGACUUACGUCGAGGAGAGCUGGUUCGGAAAGGCCCAGAACCGUGUUCACGGUGUCGUCUUCCGGUAUGAUCCCACAGACGACAAGUACGCACGGGUAAAAGACGUGCCGGACAAGGACGUGCUCGCGAAACUCGAAGGUUGUUGGCAGGAGCAGAUCACAUAUACGAUCCCCAAGAGUGACGCGGUCAAGGCGUCCAAAGACCUCGAACCUACGUCGGACAAACAGCUGUUGAUCGACUUGGCACCGUUGAUGCCGGUCCCAAAGAUCGUACCCCCACCCGACGAGCAGCUCCCCAACGAGUCGCGCACCUUCUGGAAGGACGUCACGUCCGCGAUCCUCGAGAAGCGCUUCGGCGAUGCCACCCGAAUCAAGCAGGAUCUGGAACAGGCGCAGCGCGAUAAGGCCACGAAGCGGAAAGACCUAAACGUCGAUUUCCAGCCACGCUUCUUCAGCUCCGCUACCGAGGCCAGUGGGAAACCGACCCUAAAUGAGGAGGGUAGACAUGUUCUCGACGGCAUGCAGAAAAAGACCUUCCACCUGGAUCCGAAACCGGAGGAGGGUAUAGACGGUGCAGCGCCUCCGAUCGAGUCAGCCUCGGCAACCAAGGCCACGAACUCCUCUUGA